AUGAUUGAAAAUGAUAAUGUGGAUAAUAUAAUCAAAUUUUUAAAUAAAAAAACAAAAUUAUCACUCCACUUACAAAAUAAAAAAAAGUUAAUAAAAUUUAUCGAUAACUAUUACAAUAAUCAUGAAAGCGGAACUUUCUAUUCAACAAUAUUCGAAAAAGAUGAAUACUGCCAUUUAAAUAGUCAUCAAAAAGAAAUAAUAAAGGUUUUAAUAGAUGAUAUCAUAGUUCCACCAAAAUCACUAUUAUCAGAAAAUGCCACUAUAAGAAACUCCUUCAUUAAAUCACCUUCGUUUAAUCAUAAUAUUUUUAUACCACUUGACUAUAACAAUAAUAAAUUAGUUUUUUUUAAAGAACUUUUAUUUAAUUCAGCAAAUGACUAUAAUAAUUUAAAACCAAUCUAUAAUACUAUUUCAAAUUUAGAAUUAAAUAAUAAUAAGUUUAAAAAUUUAAUAAUAAAUGAUUUAAAUAAUAUUCUAUUAAAUAAUGAAAAUUUUUUUUUUGAAAUUUCAAAUUAUUUAUUUGAAGAAGAAUCGAUUUUACUAUAUCCCGAUUUAAACUUUAGAACUAUUCAAAAAUCAAACGCUUAUGAAUUGUUAGCUUUUAAUCAUAUAGAGUCUCAGUAUAAUAGAAUAAAUGAAAAUAAUUUAAGUAAUAGUAUAAUUUUAACAGAUAAUGAAGAAAAUAAUAAUCAAUUUAUAUUUAAAUUAGAUAACGAAUCACAUUUAAUAAACCAAUUGAAAGAAGAUGCAACAUUUAUAUUUUAUAAUAAUUUAUUUAAUAAUAAUAAUAAUUUUAUAAAAAAAUUCAAUUUAUUUUCAAUUUCAAUUGUCCCAAAUAAUACAAACAAUACCAAUAUUAACAAUAAUAAUAAUAAUAAAAAAUCAAUAGAAUCAAAUAAUUUUUAUUUUCAAGGCUCGAAUUAUAUAAGUGGUAAAACUUUACAACAAUAUAUUAAUGAUAAAAACCCAAUUGAAAAAAUAAAUAGAAAUAGUUUUAGUGGUCAUUUUAUUUCAUCAGUUUUAUUAUUACAAACCAACUAUCAACCAGAAAAUUUAAUAAUUGAUAAUAGUUUUAAAAUCAUUGGUAUAGAUAAUGACUCAUGUUUAGAAAACAAUGAAAUUAUAAUAAAGAAUUUUAUUUCAUCAAGUUUAAAUAGUUCUAGAUCAGAAUUAAACUCAACUACAAUGUAUUUCUUUCAAAAUAAAAACAUAUUAUUUACAUUGGAAUCUUUAAUGAACGAGCCCUUAGAAGAAAAUAUAAGAAAUAAAAUUACCCAAAUCAAUCCCUAUAUUUUUAUGUUCAAUUUUUUUAAUCAAUUAUUAGAAAAAGAAAAAUAUUAUGAUGAAUUUAUAUACCUGUCACUAUUUUCGCUAUCAAACUCUCAAAUACCUCUAAAAGCUUCCGCCUAUACGCCGAUUGACAAGAAUCAAAAAAAAGAAGAAAUUAAAGAAAACCUUGGUUUAAAUUUCAAAGUAUCAAAUAGAUUUUUAAAGGAUAUGCUUCAAAGAUUUAAUAUAUUGGUACAAUUUGUGAAAGAGAAUCCAUUAGCAACCCAUUAUGAAAUAUUAGAAAUCUUGUUGCCAAUUUCUUAUAGAACCUAUAAAGCUUUAUUAAAAAUAAAAGAGAAUCCAUUAAGCCAGAUUCAAUAUUUAAAUAGUGAUUUUGAUUUUCAAUCUUUAUUACUGGAGAACAAUGAAGACCCAGAUGAAACAAAUAUUCAAAAACUAUUCUCGCUGCUAAAUCAAAAACCGGAAAUAGUACAAUCACAACAAUCACUUUCAUCACUAAUAAAUAAUAUUGACAUUCACGAUUCAAUUUUCAGCUCCAUUACAACCCUAAUAGAAAUAGUAGAUUUAUCUAGUUUUGUAAAUGACUAUUUAAAUUACAAAAAAUCAAAUAAAAAAGAUAAUCAAAAAAGAGGUAAUGAAUUAUUAAAAUGGGUAGAAAUGGUCAUAAUGUUUCUUUGUGAUAAUAUUGCAAAUAAAAAAACACCACAUAUUUUUCAAAUUCACGAAUCUUGGUACACUCUAAAGAGAAUAAUACUACAAAUAAUUGUAGAACAAGGUGCAACUGGUAUUAUAAUAUAUGAAUUUAUCAAUUUAGUAAAGAUAUCAGAAAAAGACAUUAACGAAAACGUAGAAAAUCAUGGCUCUAAUGAUUCAAUUUUACAUUGUGCAAUUGAGGCAAAUAAUCCAACCCUUUUAGAUCAAUUGGAAAAGUUAAUUGAAUUUGGUGCAAAUAGAGAAAUUAUUAAAAAUUAUACCAUUUUAGAAUUAGCUGCUAUUAAAAAAAACUAUCAACUAUUUAAAAAACUUGUCGAAUUAGGUUGUGGAAAAGAUACGUCUUUCCAUAAUAAAACCAUUAUUGAAUUUUAUAAAUCAUUUACUAUCCAAGAAAAAGAAGAUUUCAAAAGCACUUUUCCAAAACUAUUAUACCUUAAUCCAAGAUUAGCCUGGUCCAUAUCAUUAGAAGUACUUUUACCUCAAUGCGAAAACAUUAAUGAUAACAAUACAUCAAACGAUAUUAUCGUCAAAACUACAAAUUAUCACAAUCGAAUUAUUCCAAAUCAUUUAAAUCAUCAAUUAUUUGAAAAGAACGGCUCGAUUAAAAAAACAAAUGAAUAUGGCUCAAGAGCAGUACCUCAUUUAGAAGAGUUUGGUGUUAGAAUUUAUUUUAAAUUUGAACCCUUGUUCCCUGGUAUAGAAACUGCAGUCAUUAAUUUGACCGAAAUGAUUUUUGGUUAUCUUUCUCCUUAUUGUGAACUAGCAUCGAUCAAUGACGAACCGGUAUUAUUAAUUCAACAGGUUGAAGGUGUACCACUUUACAAUGUUUUAUUAGAUGCUCCUGAAAUGGUAAAUGGUUUAGAUGGAUCAAAUGUUUCAAAACUAUUGGUAAUGGCAAUGCUAAUAUCACCAUCAGAUGGAAAUUUAGGCAAUUAUAUUUUCUCAAAAAUACCUUUUCAAGACGGUUAUAGAAUUCUCAGUAUAGAUAAUGACCAAGCAUUUAUGCCAGGUGUAUCGAUACCAUUAAAGAAUGGAAUAUCACAUAACAAAGCUUCAUUAUUUUGUCAAACAGUGUUGUUUCUUCUUGAUCAAAUGAAUGAUCCCAUUCAUCAAGAUGUCAUAGACUCAAUCACGAAAAUCGAGAAUCUUUUUGAAGUUUUUAAAUGUUGGCUCGAAAGUUUAAUUGUACAUAACGGUGCAUCCAUUAAACACUUUAAUGAUUAUUAUAUAAAAAACUCGAACGAAAACAAAACAAUUAUUGGUGUUCCAUUUUCAGCAGGUACGAUCGAACAACUAUUCACAAAACUAAUUCGAAUUCAAAAUGCACUUUCAAAAAAGAAACAUUUAACUCAUAUUCAGCUUUUAGAUAUAAUAGAACCACAGGUUUCAGAUCGUUACAAGAAACUCCUUAAUAAGAAAAUACCAAUUUUAAACAAAUACCAAAUACUUUAUAAUUUAAAUGAUAAUGACCAUAAAAGAGCCUAUACAUCAUCCAUUCAUACAUCAAUGCAUAUUAUGGAAUCAAGAGAAAUUAAAAAUAUUUGCAACAUCCAAAAUGAUAUUUUAAAUGGUAGAGCAUAUGGACCAUCCCAAGCAUUCCUUGAAAUAGAAAAAACCCAAUCAAGUUACAAAUCGAUCCAUAACUUUUUCAAUAUAUUAGAACAUGAAGAAAAUCAACAACAAAUAUUAAAUGGUGGUGAAAAAUCAGCUGUUGGAGGUGAAAAAGAAAAUUCAAAGAAAAAUUUACUAAAUUUUACUAUUCUAUUUCCAAAGUCAUUAUCGAAAGAAUCUUUAAAAAUUUCAGCAAGUUUAGUAGAAAAAAUUAUGAAACUUAUUAAAUUUCAAACUCUAUCAAUUCAAAAACAAAAUUAUCUUUUUGAUAUCAUCCGUGAUAAAGAAAUUAGAUAUCUAUCAAUUGUAAAUAGUAAAGCAUUAGAAAUUCAAACCAUUAAAUCAUUUAAUUUAACUCAAAUCAUUAAAAUCGAUUUAACAAAUUGUGAAAAUUUACAGUCGCUCUCUGGUGGAAUGUUUAAUAUGAAGGACUUGGCUAUACCACUAUUAACACAUCUUAAAGUAGAUAAAUGCUCAAAUCUAAUAGAUAUAAGAUUAUACGCUCCAUAUCUAAUUAAACUAAGUGCUCGUUAUUGUGUAAAUCUUGCAAAAAUCGACUUAAAACAUUCAGUUUCAAAACUAUCACAAAUCAAUUUAGAAGGUACUUUGAAAAGUAGAAUGUUGAUGGAUACACUAUGGAAAUAUAAAAAGUUAAAGAAAUUAAAUAUCAGUGGUUGCAAUUUCGAAAAGUUUUACUCCAACAAAAAUAGCAAAUAUUUAUCAUUUGUAGAUUUCGAUUAUAUCUCACAUAGAGGUCUCAAGGAUAAUUAUGAAAGCAAUGAUUUUUUAACAAUAAACACAAUAGAACUAUCAAAUAUCGAAGUAUAUUUACCAAAUCUAAAGGAGUUAGUAGCAAAGAAUUGUUUAAAUAUUAAAAAUUUAAAACUUUUUUUACCAAGAUGCAAAAAAAUCGAUAUCGAUGAAAGUAAUAUCACUAAAAUUUCAGGCUAUGCACCAUUGUUAGAACAAGUUUUAACCAAAGCAUCUGAAAAUCAUACAAUUCAAUAUGUCUACACUGAUAUUCAUCUAAUGAAUAAAUUAAAUUCAAAGGUGGUUCAUCUUUUCACAAACAAUCAUUUAGUAAUGGAAACAUUAUUCAAACAAGGUCAAAUGAAACCACAAUAUGUCGAAAAAUUAACAAACCAAUACAACUUUAAUAACAAAAUAUAUAAUCAUAAAUUCAAAUUUAAAAUUACAAAUGACUUUAAUAUAAUUAAAAAGAAAUCAUGGCUAUUCUCCACUAUAGUAUUUUUAUUAGAAUUCAAUUUUAACAACAACUCCAACUAUUCAAACAUUAUUAAACAACAUUUAAUAUCAAAUUUAGUCCAAAUACCAAAUUUACAACCAAAUUUAGAAAUUUUAGUGUUUUUUAUUGUUAAAAAUUAUCAUGGUACAGAAUGUAUAGAAUCAUUAUUAAAAGAUGAAUUUGAAAAGUUAAAAGAAGAGUUCAAAUUAAAAACAACAACCAAAACAAUAGAAUUUAUUGGAAAAAAUAAAAAACCCUCAAUCUUUUUAGAUUUAAUAUCGGAACAAAUUAAUAAAAACAAUUUAGAUAUCAGAAAACCAAUUCAAAAUAAUAUUAAAACCUUUAUAUUUAAAGAAAAUACUGAUCAAUAUGCAAUCAACAAUUUUAAAAUUCAAUUUUUCAAACGUGAAUUUGAUAUUACAGAAAUAUUAGAUCAUCUAAACAACAUAGAGAUUUCAAAUUUAUUUUCAAAUUUUUUUAAUUUUGAUAAUAAUAAUUCCCCACAACUCUUUAAAUCUGGCUCAACAACAUCAUUAACAUCUUCAUCUUCAACAUCUUCAUUAUCGUCACUAUCUUCCUCUUCUUCAUCAACUCCAACAGCAGGAUCGAACAAAGAGUAUUUAUUAAAUCAAAAAUUCUUUUUAAAUAACCUUCAAAAUUUAUUUUUAAUAUUAAGAAUAGAACAAAAUGAACCUUUUAUUAAAUGGUUUGAAAAAGAAAUAGGUUUUGAAUAUAUAAAUUUAUUUUCUCCAUUCAACUCAAAUUUAUUAUUAUGUAGAUGUUGUGAGUCUGGAAAUUUAGAAAUUCUAAAAUGGUAUCUUUCAAAUUACAAUUUAAAAAAUCUUAUAGAUUUUAAAGAUAUAUAUGAUAAAUCAAUUUUGGACUAUGCAAAUGAUAACCCAAUAAUUUUAAAUUUUUUAAAUAAUUAUAAUAAUAAUAAUUCAAAUAAUAACAACAAUGAUAGUAAUAGAAACAGUAAUAAUGAUAUUAAUAUAGAUAAAAAUGAUUUUAUUAAUAUUAUAAAAUAAAGUAAAAUAAAUAUUAUAUUUU